AUGGAAGCCCAGCCGUCUUCGUCCAGUCUACAGUUCAACUCCCAGUCUUCCAGUCCACCCACGCCCGAGCAUUUGUCCAUGAACGGGUCCCAGCCGGCUCUGAAUGGAACUGCCAACGAUCUCACACAACAGAAACUACAAAGUCAGUUUUGUAAUGCAACACAUGUUUACCUUUAAGUUUAUCUAACACUCCGUUCACUGCUUCACUCGUGACGCUUAUCAAUUCUUUUUAUGUCAUUUACUCAAGAUUACCUUUAAGUGACGUUUUAUGUAAAAGGGUCUGCUCGAGUUGUUAUAUCUAGAAUGCCCAUCUCUUUAGGAGUGAAGUCGUUGGAAACGUGUCGUGUUUGUGGCGAUGGCCCAGCACGAAUGCACUACGGAGUACCGACGUGCUUCGGAUGCAAGGGAUUCUUCAGACGAACGUUGAAGCGUACCAAGGAGUACACCUGUCGAUACAAUGGAAACUGUGUUGUGGACAGAUGUAAGUCGUCUUUAAUUAAAUCUUUAAUCAUUUUUCAUUGUUGCGUGUUUAAGUACUGUUAAGUUCAUUUAGAUGAACGAAACUCGUGCAGGUACUGCAGAUUCAAGCGUUGUUUAGAAGUCGGAAUGGACCCUAAAGGUAAGAUCUUAUCUUCACUUUACAAAACAAAAGUUCUUUUUAUUCGCAUUCAUCAGAAGACUAAUCGAAUUUUCUAAACAUGUUCAUCAAAGUUAACAUUAAGGUUGAAUAUUGUUGCAGCUGUACGUCCUGACCGUGAUGCAGCUGGAAGAACCCAUCCUAUCAGACAUCGUCGCAGCAAAAUGUCAAUGGAUCAGGAUGAAGAAGAAGAGGAAGAAACGACGGCUGAAUGGGUUCGAAAGCUGCCAGUUGACAUGAGGACAUUGCUUAUGCAAAUUAUGAACAUAGACUUGAUGGUACAAAGCGGGGAUACCCAUGCCGAACCUUUGAGUGUGUACCCUCUUCAGAUCGGCUCACUACGUCACAUUUUAGAAGAGCCAUCGCUACUCGACGGUAAACGAAUCGAAGUAAGCUUAUAUACUUUAUUAAAUUACUAUUUUUAAAUAAAACAUGAUUCAAGACCAAUUUCAUGCUAAUAAUUUUCUUUUUAGAUGAGAUACGAACCCUACCGUCGAGUGUUACCAGACGAGAUGGUAGCUGUCGCCCACCGCCGCUUGAUCGAAGUUAUCGAUACCGUCGAUCAUCUGUCACAGCUAAUGGAUUUGCACAAUAUUAAUGAUAAGGUAACCACGUUUUUUAUAUCCGUUUUUGUGACUAUUUCCAGUCGCCUUUCAUUUAGUAUAAUAUAUAUUGUAUAUGCCAAUUAUACUUUUUCAAAUCGUAAUUUAGUUGGCACUAGUCAAAUCCGCUUAUGCCCCUUUGGCAUUGUUUUCUACCGUAUCAAUGACAGCCAGAACCACCAAAGACCGUGAUGUAUUCUGUUUGUGUUGUUGUGGCUACAUUGCCAGAGGAAUGUCUGCAAAACAGUACGAUGCACCAUAGUAAGUUGACUGUGUACUAUAUUAUCUAAGCAGUUUCUUAUUCUGCUAAAAGUAAUGUCAUCGCGCAAAACGACAGUCAAAACAUCUUAUCUUUCAGUCAUUUCACAAACCGAAUAGUCGAUCGAGCAUUAGACGAGCUGGUCGAACCCUUCAGAGCAUUUAAUUUCAAAGAGCAAGAAGUUGCUCUUAUGAAAGCCAUUGUAACCCUAAAUCCUCGUAAGUUGUGUACAGCCUAACAACUAUGCUCACUCGCCUUUAAACUUACAUAUAACUUAUCAACGUUUCCUUCAGAUUUACGUACCCUCUCCACAGAAGGCUCGGAACAAGUAGCCGAUCUACGUGAUCGGAUUCAAGAAACCCUCUACAAUGUAGUUCGAGAAUCUCAUCCAAAAGAAGUGGCGUCAUCUCGGUUUGGCAACCUCCUUCUGUUCCUCCCCACUAUAAUGUUGCUCGGCAACACGAUGUACGAGAAUCUACAAUUCCUCCAGUCGUUCAGCAACAGAAACGUCGACCCUCUUCUCGCUGAACUUCUGGACAACCUGGAUCCCAUGCAAGAUCCUGGAGUCAAUCCCGAUGACUUCCUCAACAUAUCUUCAUCAGAAUAUGGCUCCAGAAUGAGUCAUUCUCAAUCAAACUCAUCGAUUUCGUCAAUGGGAAGCCACGAAGAGUACAAUAAUGUCAUGCUGACAGAACAGUACUAUUCUCGGUAUGUAAAGGCAACACUAUAUUUUUGUAACGUGAAAGACACAAUAUUCUAUUACUAAUUUCAUAAUUUUAACUAUUUGUAGACGGCAAUCUGCAGACCCGUGCAUCCCUGUAGCAUCAGGUUCAGAACAACAAACUACAUCUUCCAACUCAAACUCUGCCCCUUCGUUGGAACAACAACCUCAGGAUUCUGAUCCAGACUAUAACGUUACAUUAACAGCCGAAACAUUCUCUGGAAUGCGACAAGCAAUCGCCCAAUCAAUGGAAGUCGACCAAGACCAACCAGACCAGUCCAACCGACCCAAACCCCACUUCUACAUCGAACCCUUUAGCCAACAGAACUUCGUCCAACCCCAACAACAGUUCCAAGUUGGUCAGAAGCAUAUAUUCACCGUAGAAACGGCGAAACAACUCAGUAACUACAACAGUCAGACUACUACAGUCUUCUCCAACACCGAGCCUCUUCAACCACAGAUUUCCAAAUCUCAGUCUUACCCAUACUUUUAUCAGUUCCCCAACAACAUGAACUUCCAGAACUACAACGGUCAAUAA